AUGACGUCGAUAGGCACCGGCUACGAUCUCCUCAACUCCAUCUUCUCCCCCGACGGCCGCAACUUCCAGGUCGAGUACGCCGUCAAGGCCGUCGAGAAUGGCGGCACCUCCAUUGGCAUCCGCUGCAAGGACGGCGUCGUCCUCGCCGUCGAAAAGGUGGUCGCUUCCAAGCUCCUGAAGCCCGGCGCCAACAAGCGGAUCGCUUCCAUCGACAGCCACAUUGGGGCAGUAUACUCAGGCAUGGUCCCAGACGGCCGCCACUUUGUCGACCGCGCCCGCGACGAGUCCCAGAGCUGGCGCCAGAACUUCAAGACGCCCAUCCCCACCGCCGACCUUGCCUCCCGCAUGGGCGGCUAUCUGCAAGCCUACACCAUGUACGGCUCAGUCCGACCCUUUGGCAUCACCGCAAUUGUCGGCGGUGUGGACACUUCCGAGGAGACGCCCGUCGACGGCGAGGUCGGCUCGGGCCCCAAAUGCGGCGCCGGCGGCAAGAUCCCCGGCAAGCACGGCGGCCCCUUUCUCUACAUGAUUGAGCCCAGCGGCCUAUACUGGGGCUACUACGGCGCCGCGACGGGCAAGGGCCGCCAGGCUGCCAAGGCUGAGCUGGAGAAGCUGGACCUGCCCGCCGGCAACAUUACGAUACACGAGGCCGUCAAGCAGGCCGCUCGCAUCAUCUACGUGGCCUCAAAGGAUAACAAGGACAAGGACUUUGAGCUGGAGAUGACGUGGAUCAGUGGCGUCGACGGGCCUACAAAGGGCCGGCACAUGGAGGUGCCCAAGGAGCUGCGCGAGGAGGCUGAGAGGUUAGCGCGCGCCGAGGAUGACUCGGACGACGAAGACGACAACGAGAAAAAGGACGAGGACAAGAUGGAGGAGUAA